GCCAGAAAGGACACAAGUGCCGUCCACAGGAUGGAUGGACAGAAGAGCAGUGGUCACUGUUUUCGGGAUCAUUUCCCUCAGCUGGAUGUGUCUCCCAGCAUGUGCGCAGAUGAGGAUCCCACCUGAAACUGUGCAGCAGUGGGCCAACACUUUUGGAAAACAGCUGUCCGCCUUAUCGACCAGAUACUCUGGAUCCCUCCUGCUGCAGAAAAAAUUUAAGGACAUUGAGCCCAUAGUGAAGAUCGAGGAGGUGAACGGCAUGGAGCUGGUGAAGAAGUUCGCUGAAGAGAUGGAGAACAUGCUCGGCAGGAAGAUGAAGUCUGUGAAAAGAAUGGCUGAAGCUGCAGAAGAUGCUGAUUUCUAUCAUGAGUACAAUGCCACACUAGAGUUCGACUAUUAUAACUCCAUGAUGAUAAACACUGUGGAUGAGGAUGGGAACUAUGCGGAGUUGGGUGGAGAGUUUGCACUGGAGGAAAACGAGCACUUCAACAACCUGCCUGUCAACACACAGCAGAGCGUCAUCCAAGUGCCCACCAACGUCUACAACAAAGAUCCAGAUAUUCUGAACGGUGUGUACAUGUCAGAGGCUCUGAAUGAAGUGUUUGUGAGCAACUUUGACAAGGACCCCACUCUGACCUGGCAGUACUUCGGCAGCUCCACUGGCUUCUUCAGGCUGUAUCCUGGCAUUCAGUGGACACCAGAUGAAAACGGCGUCGUCACCUUUGACGCAAGGAACCGCAACUGGUAUAUUCAGGCAGCCACGUCCCCGAAAGACAUCAUCAUAGUGGUGGACACCAGCGGCAGCAUGAAGGGCCUCAGACUGACCAUAGCCAAGCACACCAUCAACACCAUCCUGGACACCCUGGGAGAAAACGACUUUGUCAAUGUCAUCACUUACAGUGAUUAUGUCCAGUAUGUGGAGCCCUGUUUUAAAGGUACACUGGUGCAGGCUGAUCUGGACAAUCGGGAGCACUUCAAGGUGUUGGUGGAGGGCCUGCAUGUGAAAGGAGAGGGGAAAGUCAAGAAAGCCAUGAAAGAGGCCUUCCGUGUCCUCAAUGAGGCCGUUACGACGGGUAAGGGCAGCCUCUGUAACCAGGCUAUAAUGCUGAUCACUGAUGGUGCAAUGGAGGACUUUCAGCAGGUGUUUGAGGAGUUUAACUGGCCGGAGCGCAGGGUCCGUGUGUUCACGUAUCUCAUUGGACGAGAGCUGACGUUUGCUGACAAUGUCAAAUGGAUUGCCUGUAAUAAUAAAGGGUACUACACACACAUCUCCACUCUGGCAGACGUACAGGAGAACGUUAUGGAGUAUCUGCAUGUUCUCAGUCGACCCAUGGUGAUCAACCAUGACCAUGACAUCAUCUGGACAGAGGCCUACAUGGACAGCGUGCUGCCCAACACAGCUGAGCUGUUUAACACUCAGGCCCAAAGCUUGCUGCUUAUGACCUCAGUGGCCAUGCCUGUGUUCAGCAAGAAAGAGGAGACUCUGUCCCAUGGUAUACUCCUGGGUGUGGUUGGUACUGAUGUUCCUUUGAAAGAACUCAUGAGACUGGCUCCUCGAUACAAGCUGGGAGUUCACGGCUACGCAUUUCUGAACACAAACAAUGGCUACAUCCUCUCUCACCCAGACCUGCGGCCACUGUACAAAGAAGGGAAGAAGCUGAAGCCCAAACCCAAUUACAACAGUGUGGAUCUGUCUGAGGUUGAGUGGGAGGACACCGAAGACACCUUGAGGACAGCCAUGGUGAAAGGGGAGACAGGGACACUCUCUCUGGAUGUGAGGGCCACAGUGGAUAAAGGGAGGAGAGUCAUGUUCCUGAAAAACGAAUACUUCUACACAACCAUCAACGAGACUCCUUUCAGUCUUGGAUUAGUGCUUACCAGAGGUCAUGGGAAGUUUAUUUUCACAGGCAACAUUUCAGUGGAAGAAGGUUUGCAUGAUCUCACCGCAUCUGACGUGGCGAUAGCAAACGAGUGGACGUACUGUGAAACUGAUAUUGACCCUCACCACCGCAAACUCACACAGUUACAGGCUGUAGUCCGAUAUCUCACUGGCAAAGAGCCGGACCUGCAGUGUGAUGAGGUUCUCCUGAGGCAGACACUGUUUGAUGCAGUGGUCACUGCUCCCAUGGAGGCAUACUGGACUGCCAUAUUGCUCAAUGAAUCUGGCAUUGAUGAUGGAAUUGAGACGGCAUUCUUGGGCACUCGUUCAGGCCUGAUGAGGAUGUUCAAAUAUGUGGGUGCUGAAAAACGAGUUGCAAAGAAAUUUCUGUCUGCAUCAGAUAAAGAUAAUCUUUUCACUCUGGACCACUUCCCGGUGUGGUACCGCCGUGCUGCAGAGAACCGCCCUGGUCGAUUCUUAUACUACGUUCCCAAAGAAGACAUGCGAGAUGGCAGAAUCUUGAUCGCCGCCACCGCUGUCACUGUGACGGUUGGCCAGAGAACAGCUGUGGCUGGAGCUGUUGGAGUGCAGAUGUCUCUGGAGAUGUUGGAGAAGAGGUUUUGGGCCGUCACAGCUCAGCCCAACGAUACAGAUUGUGCAGGAGUAGAUGGCCUGUGUCCACUGAGCUGUACUAACAAUAUGGACCUCAACUGUUACGUCAUUGACAGCAACGGCUUCAUCGUCAUCUCCAAAGAAAGGAAUGAGGUUGGCAGAUUUUUUGGCGAAAUUGAUGGGUCGGUGAUGUCUCAGCUGCUGCGAAUGGGCAUGUUUAAAAGGAUUUCUCUGUAUGAUUAUCAGGCCAUGUGUAAAGUGAAUCCACAUUCGGCCAGCAGCGCUCGUCCACUUCUCAGCCCGUUUUACAAUGUGAUGGCAGCCCUGAAGUGGUUCAUAUCCAACGUCCUGUUAUUUCUACUGGACUUUAACAUCUAUGGACUGUGGCAGUCGGAUCAUUUUGUUGACGCUAAGGCCUCCUUUCAUGCAUCCAGUAAGAAGUCAAAGGGGGACAUUCUGCAGCCUUGCGACACAGAGUAUCCCAGCUUCGUCUACGAGCCUUCAAUCAAGGAGACCAAUAGUGUCAUCAAGUGUGGGAGGUGUCAAAAGGUGUUUGUGAUUCAGCAGAUCCCUGACAGUAACCUGUUGUUGAUGGUGGUCCAGGCGGACUGCGACUGCUCUCGCCAGUACUCGUCCAUCACCAUGGAGCCCAGAGAGGUCAAAUAUAAUGCCUCAGUAAAGUGCGACCGGAUGAAGUCUCAGAAGAUCCGCAGGCGACCCGAAUCCUGUCACGCCUACCACCCUCAGGAAAACGCCAAAGAUUGUGGAGGAGCAGCGGAGAUCCGGAUAUCGACCCUCCUCUUCCUGACCUCACUGUUCGUCUCAACUCUUAUACACCGUUGACGUGGUCAUCUAGAUCAUGAUGACCCACCAGGCCGGGGUCACACAGUGGAAGAGCUGCACAUAGGCAUGAUUCGCAUUUUCUUGGAUGUCACUUUAUUUGUUCUUUAAGAAAUGAACUGAGUGGCUUUGGGCUACGAACUGCACGGUAUGAACGUCAUACUUUAUUAUUUUUCUCCACUCUGAAGCCGUAAUCAUGCCUGAGAAGAAGAAACAGCUGACAGGGUGUCGACACUUUGACAUCACUGACGCACUUCUUGGUUAUUUUCAUUUGACUGGAGUGAAUAGUUCAUUACACAAAUACACAAAUAUGAACUUUUGAACACGGAUUCCUGGACUCAACAGCUCAGAACCGGCUUUUAUACUGAGUGUCUUAACAAAAAACAUGUUCUGUGUCUGAAACUGUGGACCUGCGGUGAAUAAUGUAUGAAGUCUUCGGUCCCACUUUAUAUUAUAACUCUGUAGUUACAUGUGAACAACAUAUGCAACAACAAUGUAACAAUUAAUGAUUUAGUCACUGUUACAGAUGGAUUACAGAUGUACAGCCUGUGUAAUUACACAAGUGUAUCUUAGUAGUUAUGAAAGCCUAUUCUCCCUCAUGUAAUUACACAAUGGUAAUAACAUAAAUGUAAUUACAUUCAUAAUCAGACUGGAACAGCAGUUUUUUUUCCAGCAGUAGAAUUAAGUAUGUAAUAACUUACAUUAAGACAUUAUUUAUACCGUAUCUGCCAGCUUUCCUAACAGGUAGCCAGCAUUUAUGUUGUUAGUGCUGAGACACUGUGACCAGUUUCAGCUUUAAACCGUUCUGUAAUGUGGCAGAACAGCAGACGACCCCUUAUCUUAAAUUGUAGCUAUUAUGACACUAAUUAAAUGUAUUGCAUUUCCCCUAAAGCAGUGUCUAUAUCACCACUCCAUUAUUACACAGUACUUACAUAACAACUACACAGGAACUGCCCACUUACUUUAAAGUGUAACUUUAACACUACAGGAAAGUUCCUGUGUAGAAGAUACACUUGUGUAAUUAUAUGAGGCAAAACUGAAGUUGAUACAUGUGUAAUUACAUAGGCUGUACUUCUGUAAUCCAUCUGUAACAUUGUCUAAAUCAUCAGUAGUUACAGUGUUGUUGCAUAUGCUAUUCAUGUGUAACUACACAGUUAUUAAAGACAAUUAAUAUAAAGUGGGACCAAGUUUUCUUUAAAAAUAGUGCAUAAUGAAAGAGACCAAACUUGGCAUGAAGUCAGAAGCUCCCUGGACCUCAAAGUGCUUGUUGAAGAAACACCGGCCUUCAGAACUGCUUUGGCACCGGACAGAACGGGAAACACAGUGUAUGAAAUACGACUGAAAAAAUAAAAGACUGGUUUGUCUGGUAUUGAUUUCAGUAAAAAUGUAGCCGUUUUUCUACUGAUUAAGCCUCGAACUGAAUUAUUGUCAGAGAUGGUCGACUGUUGAACAUUCUUGAUGUUUUACGACUACAACUUAU